CCCAGCGUGGCCGCAGCCUCGUCCCGGGAGCUCACGGAGCGGCGGUGGCACGAUGCGCGGCGGCUGCACGCGGGCGGCGCUCCUGGCCUCUCUGCUGUGGGUCACCGUGCAGGGCCAGCAGAGAGGCUUGUUCCCUGCCAUUCUCAAUCUGGCCAGCAAUGCUCACAUCAGCACAAACGCGACCUGUGGGGAGAAGGGACCCGAGAUGUUCUGCAAGCUCGUGGAGCAUGUGCCGGGCCGGCCAGUAAGACAUGCCCAGUGCCGCGUCUGCGAUGGUAACAGUACGAACCCCAGAGAACGUCACCCAAUAUUGCACGCGAUAGAUGGCACCAAUAACUGGUGGCAAAGCCCCAGUAUUCAAAAUGGACGAGAGUUUCACUGGGUCACCAUCACUCUGGACUUGCGGCAGGUCUUUCAAGUUGCCUAUGUCAUCAUUAAAGCGGCCAACUCCCCUCGGCCUGGAAACUGGAUUUUGGAGCGCUCUGUAGAUGGUGUCACUUUCAGACCCUGGCAGUACUAUGCAGUCAGCGACACGGAGUGUUUGACACGCUACAAUAUAACUCCAAGAAGGGGGCCACCCACUUACAGGGCUGACGACGAAGUGAUCUGCACCUCAUAUUAUUCCAGACUGGUGCCACUUGAGCAUGGAGAGAUUCACACAUCACUCAUCAAUGGCAGGCCAAGCGCAGAUGAUCUGUCACCCAAGUUGCUGGAAUUCACCUCUGCACGAUACAUCCGCCUUCGCUUGCAGCGCAUUAGAACGCUCAAUGCAGAUCUGAUGACCCUUGGCCACCGAGACCCCAGAGACAUUGAUCCUAUUGUCACAAGACGUUAUUACUACUCAAUCAAAGACAUUUCUGUCGGAGGGAUGUGUAUUUGCAAUGGCCAUGCCAGUAGCUGCCCAUGGGAUGAAACUACAAAGCAACUACAGUGUCAAUGUGAGCAUAACACAUGUGGAGAGAGCUGUGACCGGUGUUGUCCUGGCUAUCAUCAGCAGCCCUGGCGGCCUGGCACCAUUUCCUCCGGUAACACAUGUGAGGAAUGUAAUUGUCACAAUAAAGCAAAUGACUGUUACUAUGAUGAAAAUGUUGCACACCAGAAGAAAAGUCUGGACAUAUCUGGCAAGUACAGAGGAGGGGGCGUUUGCAUCAACUGCCAGCAGAACACCAUGGGAGUCAACUGCGAAACCUGUAUUGAUAAAUAUUAUAGACCACACAAAGUAUCUCCUUAUGACGACAAGCCUUGCCGUCCCUGUGCCUGUGACCUUGUGGGGUCUCUCAGCUCUGUGUGUAUCAAAGAUGAUCUCCAUGCUGACAUACAAAACGGGAAGUGGCCAGGUCAGUGUCCAUGUAAGGAAGGCUAUGCAGGAGAAAAAUGUGAUCGCUGCCAAUUUGGUUAUCGUGGUUACCCAGUCUGUGUCCCCUGUGACUGCAGUCCUAUUGGAAGCAUAAAUGAAGACCCGUGCAUGGAGCCAUGUCUUUGUAAGAAAAAUGUUGAGGGGAAAAACUGUGAUCACUGCAAGCCAGGAUUCUAUAACUUGAAGGAGAGAAACCCACAAGGCUGCUCUGAGUGCUUCUGCUUCGGGGUGUCUGAUGUCUGCGACAGCCUUUCAUGGCCCAUCAGUCAGGUGACCAAUAUGUCAGGGUGGCUGGUCACUGAUUUGACCAGCCCAAAUAAGAUCUGGGCCCAGCAAGAUGCGCUGGGUGGGCGCCAUCGGAUCAGUAUCAACAACACCGUGGUCAUGCAAAGGCUUGCAUCCAAGUACUACUGGGCGGCCCCUGAGGCCUACUUGGGAAAUAAGCUGACUGCAUUUGGUGGGUUCCUGAAGUACACGGUGUCUUACGAUAUCCCAGUGGAGACAGUGGGUGGUGACCUUGUGUCUCACGUCGACGUUAUCAUCAAGGGAAAUGGACUCACUCUGAGCACCCAGGCUGAAGGCCUGUCACUGCAGCCCUAUGAAGAGUACUUCAACAUGGUGAAGCUGGUGCCUGAGAACUUUUGGAACUUUUAUAGCAAAAAGGAGAUUGACCGUGACCAGCUGAUGACUGUCCUUGCCAAUGUAACGCAUCUCUUGAUCAGAGCCAAAUACAAUUCUGCAAAAAUGGCUCUUUACAGGUUGGAUUCUGUCUCUCUGGACACCGCAAGCCCUAAUGCUAUAGACUUGUCAGUAGCCACGGAUGUGGAACACUGUGAAUGUCCUCAAGGCUACACAGGGACCUCCUGUGAGUCCUGUCUGCCCGGCUAUUAUCGUGUGGAUGGAAUACUUUUUGGAGGAAUUUGUCAGCCCUGCGAAUGUCAUGGCCAUGCAUCCGAGUGUGACGUUCAUGGAAUUUGCUUUUCCUGCACACAUAACACCGCCGGAGACCACUGUGAGCAGUGCCUGCCCGGUUUCUAUGGAACGCCUUCACGUGGAAGUCCAGAGGACUGCCAGCCUUGCGCUUGCCCUCUCUCCACAGCCUCCAACAAUUUCAGUCCCACCUGCCACCUCACCAAUGGAGACGAAAUGGUCUGUGACCAGUGUGCCGUGGGCUACUCGGGAGCCUGGUGCGAGAGAUGCGCAGACGGUUACUAUGGAAACCCAACAGUACCCGGAGAAGUUUGUAUACCAUGUGACUGCAGUGGGAAUGUGGAUCCGUUUGAGGCUGGUCACUGUGACUCUGUCACUGGAGAAUGCCUGAAGUGCUUGGGGAACACAGACGGUGCUCACUGUGAAAGGUGUGCCGAUGGAUUCUAUGGGGAUGCGGUGAUUGCCAAAAAUUGUACUGCUUGUGACUGUCAUGAAAAUGGCUCCCUUUCGGAUUUGUGCCAUCUUGAGACGGGGUUCUGUGACUGCAAACCCUACGUGACUGGACAGCAGUGUGACCGGUGCCUGCCUGACUAUUACGGAUUGGACUCAGGCCUUGGCUGCAAACCUUGUAACUGCAGCCCAGCAGGCUCCAUGUCAGAUGAAUGCACAGAUGAUGGCCAAUGUUACUGCAUACCAGGGGUCACCGGGAAAAAGUGUGACAGGUGUUCACACGGCUUCUAUGCAUACCAGGAUGGUGGCUGCACACCCUGCAACUGUGCUCAUACUCAGAACAACUGUGACCCCAAAUCUGGAGAAUGCCUCUGCCCUCCCCACACUAAGGGUCUGAAGUGUGAGGAAUGUGUGGAGGAUUAUUGGGGCCGGGAUCUGGAGCAGGGCUGCCAGGCCUGCAACUGUAGCCACGAGGGUUCCGUGAGUCCCCGGUGUGACGCGCUGACCGGCCAGUGCCAGUGCAAGGCUGGAUUUGGUGGGCGGAACUGCGAUCAGUGCUCUCUGGGUUACAGAGGCUUUCCCGACUGUGUUCCCUGCAACUGUGACCAAAGGGGGACGAAAGAGGACACUUGUGACCUGGAGCAGGGUCUCUGCAGCUGUUCUGAAAAAACUGGCACCUGUUCUUGCAAGGAGAAUGUCACUGGUGUCCAGUGCAGCUCGUGCCGGGCUGGCACCUUCGCCCUGCGUGCAGACAACCCCCUGGGCUGCAGCCCCUGCUUCUGCUUCGGGCUGUCCCAGCAGUGCUCAGAGCUGGAGGGUUAUGUGAGGACCCCAGUGACACUGGCCUCUGCCCAGCCUGUGCUGCGCGCGGUUUCACUGAGCAACCUGAAGGGCACGGUUGAAGGCGUGCAUUUCCAAGCACCUGAUAUCUUACUGGACGCGGAGGCCAUUCAGAAGCAUGUGCAAGAAGAACCGUUUUACUGGCGGCUGCCAGAGCAGUUCCAGGGAGACCAGCUCCUAGCCUAUGGUGGCAAACUACGGUACAGUCUGGCCUACUAUUCUACUGAUGGCGUCGGCAGCUCCAAUUAUGAGCCUCAAGUUCUCAUCAAAGGGGGUCGGACCAGGAAGCAAGUCAUUUACAUGGAUGCACCAGCACCAGAGAAUGGAGUGAGAGAGGACCGAGAAGUAGGAAUGAAAGAGAAUUUUUGGAAAUAUUUUAACUCUGUUUCUGAAAAACACGUGACACACUCAGAUUUUAUGUCCAUUCUGAGCAACAUUGAGUACAUCCUCAUCAAGGCAUCAUAUGGUCAAGGAUUACAACAAAGCAGAAUCUCAAAUAUUUCCAUGGAGGUGGGCAGGAAGGCUGCAGCGCUGCCCCCCAAGGGAGAGUCAGCAUCCCUCUUAGAGCACUGUGUGUGCCCUGACGGAACGACUGGAUUCUCUUGUCAGGACUGUGCCCCUGGGUACCACAGAGGGAAGCUCCAGGAAGUUGGUGGCAGGAAACCCCAUCCUCUGCUUGCUCCUUGUGUCCCCUGCAGUUGCAACAACCACAGUGAUGCCUGUGACCCCAACACCGGGAAGUGUCUGAACUGUGGCGACAACACGACCGGUGACCACUGUGAGGUGUGUGCUCCUGGCUACUAUGGCAAGGUGACUGGCUUGCCCGGUGACUGUACCCCAUGCACCUGUCCUCGCCGACCCCCUGCCAGCUUCAGCCCCACUUGUGUCCUGGAUGGUGACAAUGACUUCCACUGUGAUGCCUGCCUUCUGGGCUACGAGGGCCAAUACUGUGAAAGGUGCUCCACAGGCUACCAUGGAAACCCCCGAGCACCUGGUGGCAGCUGCCAGAAGUGUGACUGCAGCCCUCAGGGCUCUGUGCACAGCAACUGUGACCGUGCAUCUGGGCAGUGCGUCUGCAGGCCAGGGGCCACGGGGCUCCGGUGUGACCAGUGCCAACCGAGGCACAUACUGGUGGAGAGCAGCUGUGUUUCUUGUGAUGAUGAAUGUGUCGGUGUUCUGCUGAGUGACUUGGAUAACAUUGGCAAUGACAUUCUCUCUGUGAACCUCACCGGUAUUUCCUCCGCCCCAUAUGAAAUUUUGUCAAACUUGGAAAAUAUAACUAAAUAUUUCCAGAGAUAUUUAUUAAAAGAAAAUACUCAAAAGAUUCGGGCAGAAAUUCAACUUGAAGGUGUUGCAGAGCAAACAGAAAAUCUACAAAAAAAGCUCACUAGAGUGUUAACAAGCAGUCAACAGGCAAAUAAGGCGACAGAGAAGAUCCUCAGCAAGAGUCAGGACCUGGCCACACUCGUGGAGUACCUGCAGGCAAACAUCAAAGAAAUCCUUGAAAAAGUAGCAACUUUAAAUCAGACCAGAGGUGAAGGUUUCCAGCUGCCCAAUUCUGAUCUUUACAACAUGCAGCGGACCAUCUCCUCUCUGCUGGAACUUAUGCAGGAAAGGAAUUUCACGCAGCUGCACCAAAACGCCAUUGUUGAACUGGAGGCUGCUAAAGACUUACUGUCACAGAUCCAGAAGGAUUUCCAGAAGCCACAGGCGGAUUUGGACACAUUAAAAGUGGCUGCCAGGCGCCUCCUUUCCCAGCACAGCACUGACCUGCAGGCGCUGGAAGAGCUCCUGAAGGAAACCGAGGCCAAGACUCAGGAGAGCGACCGCCUGCUACUCCUCGUCCAGGCCAACCUGAACGAAUACAGCGAUAAAAAGAAGCAUGUUCAAGAAGAACGAAGCUUGGCCUCAAAGCUCAUUACGGAAGGGAGAGGAUCGGUGGAUGCUGCCGCCAAGACCACGGAGACCCUACAGGACGCUGUAGCACAGCUGGAACGCCAGCGGGAUGAGCUGCUCCUGUGGACUACCAAAAUCAGGAAGCACGUAGACGACCUGGUCAUGCAGAUGUCCAAAAGGAGAGCACGUGACCUCGUCCACAGAGCAGAGGACCACGCUGCAGAGCUUCAGAGACUUGCAGAAGUCCUGGGCAGUGGUCUUGAAGAUGUCAGUCAUGUGUCCCUGAAUGCCACCAGCGCAGCACACGUUCAUUCCCACAUUCAGAGCCUGGUGGAGGAAGCAGAGAAACUGGCUGCCGAUGCCCUCAGCACUGUGGAUAAGACAAGCCUGAUCACAAAGUCCCUGGUUUCUCGUGAGAAAGCAGUUCUGCAGCACAGUUCCAGGCUCCUAAAGGAAAGCAACAACCUCAGCCAGAAAGAGCGAGGUCUUACACUCCAGCUGAAUGGGUUGAAAAAUUUGACAAGUAGAUAUCAAGAGAAUGUGGAUAAUAUUACUAGGCAGACCAAUGAAUCCUUCUUGAUGCUUAGAGCAAUUCCUGAAGGCCUAAAAAGCAAAGGAAACAAAACCAAAGAGCUGGCCGCAUCUGCCAAUCAGAGUGCAACGCGGACGCUUAGGAAUGUCAUGGGCUUGAGCCAGAGGGUCUUCAACACGUCAGAGGACCUGGCCAGAGUCAACGCCACAUUGGAAGAGACCAAUGAGCUUCUGCAAAACUCCACAAUGACCACCCUGUUGGCUAGAAAAAAGGUUAAAGACAUGGAAACACAUGCCAAUCUUUUAUUUGACCGAUUGAAGCCUUUGAAGACAUUAGAAGAAAACCUGAGCAGAAACUUAUCAGAAAUUAAGCUGCUGAUCAGCCGGGCCAGAAAACAGGCAGCUUCUAUUAAAGUGGCCGUGGCAGCAGACAGAGACUGUGUUCGGGCCUACCAGCCUCAGAUCUCCUCCACCAACUACAACACCUUGACCCUGAACGUGAAGACACAAGAGCCUGACAACCUGCUCUUCUACCUCGGUAGCAGCGCCAAUUCUGAUUUCCUUGCAGUGGAGAUGCGGCGGGGGAAAGUGGCCUUUCUCUGGGAUCUGGGCUCCGGGUCCACCCGGCUGGAAUUCCCAGAUGUCUCUAUCGAUGACAACAACUGGCACAGCAUCCACAUAACCAGGUUUGGAAACAUGGGUUCACUGACUGUCAAGGAGAUGAGCUCUACUCAGAAGCCACCAAUGAAAACAAGUCAAUCCCCAGGAACAGCAAAUGUUCUUGAUAUAAACAAUUCGACACUGAUGUUUGUAGGAGGACUUGGAGGUCAGAUCAAGAAAUCUCCCGCUGUGAAGGUUACUCAUUUUAAAGGCUGCAUGGGAGAGGCCUUCCUGAAUGGCAAAUCCAUCGGUCUAUGGAAUUAUAUUGAAAGAGAGGGCAAGUGCCAUGGAUGCUUCAGCAGCUUCCAGAAUGAAGACGCUUCGUUCCAUUUCGACGGGAGUGGGUAUUCUGUCUUGGAGAAGACGCUCCGGGCCACCGUGACUCAGAUAAUAAUGUUGUUCAGUACCUUCUCACCCAAUGGGCUUCUUCUCUACCUGGGUUCAAAUGGCACCAAAGACUUUCUGUCCAUUGAGCUGGUCCAGGGCAGAGUUAAAGUUAUGGUUGACUUGGGUUCAGGACCUCUCACUCUUAUGACAGACAGACGGUAUAACAAUGGAACCUGGUACAAAAUAGCCUUCCAGCGAAACCGGAAGCAAGGACUGCUGGCUGUCGUUGAUGCAUAUGACACCAGUGACAAGGAGACUAAGCAGGGAGAAACUCCAGGAGCAUCCUCCGACCUCAACCGGCUAGAUAAAGAUCCCAUUUAUGUGGGGGGCUUACCUAACUCCAGGCUUGUGAGGAAAGGGAUCACCAGUGAGAGCUAUGUGGGCUGCGUCAAGAACCUGGAGAUAUCCAGGUCCACCUUUGACCUGCUCAGGAGUUCCUAUGGUGUGAGAAAAGGCUGCGUGCUGGAGCCCAUCCGGAGUGUGAGCUUCCUCAGAGGUGGCUACAUUGAGUUGCCACCCAAGUCUUUGUCACCGGAAUCAGAGCUGCUUGCCACAUUUGCCACCACAAACAGCAGUGGCGUCAUCCUGGCUGCGAUUGGCAAGGAUGCUGAGAAGCAGGGUCGGCCUCAGGCGCACGUGCCCUUCUUUUCCAUCCUGCUCAUUGAAGGCCACAUUGAAGUUCAUGUCAAUUCUGGAGAUGGGACCAGCCUGAGGAAGGCUCUCUUGCAUGCUCCUACAGGCUCAUACAGUGACGGACAGGAGCACUCCAUUUCCUUAGUUAGGAAUCGGAGAAUUAUCAGCGUUCAGCUGGAUGACAACAGUCCUGUAGAAAUGAAGCUGGGCACCUUAGCAGACAGAAAGACAAUAAACGUAUCUAACCUGUAUGUAGGGGGACUUCCAGAAGGUGAGGGGACACCAAUGCUCAAAAUGAGGACAUCAUUCCACGGCUGUAUCAAAAACUUGAUCUUCAACAUGGAGCUUCUGGAUUUCACCAAUGCGGUUGGCUCUGAACAAGUGGACAUGGACACCUGCUUGCUUGCUGAAAGGCCCAAGCCGGUCCUGCAGGAAGAGGACAGUGAAUCCGCACCAGGUCCUGGGGCUCUACCGCAAUCUGAACAGUGUGCGGUGGACUGGGCUCCAGGGUAUGUGCCCAGUGCUCACCAGUUUGGCCUCUCGCAGAACAGCCACUUCGUGUUGCCUUUGAAUCAUUCAGCUGUCAGAAAGAGGCUGGCGGUUCAGCUGAGCAUCAGGACAUUCGCCUCCAGUGGCCUCGUGUACUACACGGCUCAUCAGAACCAAAUGGACUACGCCGUACUCCAGCUCCACAAGGGCCGCCUUCACUUCACCUUUGACCUGGGCAAGAGCCGAACCAAGGUCUCUCACCCCGCGCUGCUCAGCGAUGGCAAGUGGCACACGGUCAAAACGGAGUACGUUAAAAGAAAGGGUGUCCUAACAGUUGACGGCCAGGAGUCCCCCGCGGUGACUGUGUUGGGGAAUGGCACCACACUGGAUGUCGAAGGGAAGCUGUACCUCGGAGGCCUUCCUGUUCAGUACAGGGCCAGGAACAUUGGGAAUAUCACACACAGCAUCGCCGCCUGCAUCGCAGAAGUGACAGUUAACGGCAAAGAGCUGGACAAGGACAGCCCAGUGUCUUCCUUUGCAGUGGGCAGGUGCUAUGCGGUGGCCCAAGAAGGAACUUUCUUUGAAGGAAGUGGAUACGCAGCUCUUGUCAAGGAAGGGUACAAGGUAAGAGCAGAUUUAAACAUCACCCUGGAAUUUCGUACAACUGCCAAGAAAGGCAUCCUUCUGGGGAUCAGCAGUGCCAAAGUCGAUGCCAUCGGACUGGAGAUUGUAGAUGGCAAGGUCUUGUUUCACGUCAACAACGGUGCUGGUCGGAUAACAGCCACAUAUGAGCCCAGAUCUGCCGCAGCUGUCUGUGAUGGGAAAUGGCACACACUUCAAGCCCGCAAAAGCAAGCACCGUAUCAGCCUGAUUGUGGAUGGCAAUAUUGUUGCUGCAGAAAGUCCUCACACCCAGUCCACCUCGGCAGACACUAAUGAUCCCAUUUAUGUCGGUGGCUAUCCUGUGGAUGUGAAGCAGAACUGUCUGAGCGGCCGUACCCCAUUCCGGGGCUGUUUGCGGAAGCUCACGCUGACUAAGGGCCCACAGGUGCAACCCUUCGAUUUCAGCCGAGCCUUUGACCUACAAGGAGUUUUCCCUCAUUCCUGUCCUGGGCCUGAGCCCUGAACUUCUGACAGAAAUCCUUGGUUGGAAUCACUGGUAAUAUAUUGAGGAACAUUUUUGUGAAUUCAAGCGUCUUCCAUUCAGAAUUCAUUGCCAACUCAGGUUAUGUGUUUCCGAAAGAAAUGUUGUGUUUAUAAGUAAGACCACAUGUACAACAGAUACCUCUAUUAAAUUUUCUAAAAUGGCAA